CCUUAUCCUGGCUGGUGUGUGCGAUCGAGUAAGGAGUAGUGCACACCGUGACCAGUGGUAGUGGAUGGGCCAAAAAUAGUCCUAGGAGCAUCAGAACGCGAGAGAGAGCGUACGAAAAUAGCGAUCUUGUUCGCGAUCGUUCGCGAUCGUGUGCGAAAAAUCGAGAUAAAGAUUUCGAGUUGCCGGUGGGCCACCGGUGACCGGGGCCAAGGUGGUUGUGGUUUCUCGUGAUAAAUACCCUCGAACGAACCCGGACUCGGACGUGUCAGUCAGUAAAGAGAAUAGCAAGUGCACAGAAUAGUCAGAACAGAACAAUAGCAAUCACAAUCUGAAGUGAACAAACAUGGAUGAAGCAUAUCGUGUACAAGAGUGUCCGGAACUCGGUCGGUACGGAGUGGCCGCACGUGAUCUCAAGGCUGGCGAUCGGUUGUUCAGUGAGCUGCCGUUUGUCGUGGGACCCAAACUGGAUAGUCCACCGCUGUGUUUGGAGUGUUGCUGUCCGGUCGAUGGUGGUGAAGGUGGUCCCCGGUGUCCACGGUGCGGUUGGCCCUUGUGUGAGGAUUGUGCGGCCGAGACCGCUCCAUUGCCCUACCAUGGGGCCGAAUGUGCCGUGUUUGCCGAGAAGCGUGUACGGUUCCAGAGCGUCGAGGAUUCGACGGCCGGUUGUGUGCAGCUCGAUUGCAUCACCCCGUUACGGAUGCUGCUGGCUAAGGAAGCGAAUCCGGAGCGCUGGGAACGAGAGAUAGUCCCGAUGGAGUACCAUGAUGAGAAGCGCCGGGAGGGAGCCAAUUGGAAGGUUGACGAUCAUAACAUUGUGAGCUUCCUGCGGAACGCUUGCGGUCUAGCGGAUCGUUUCUCGGUCGAUCUGAUCCAGCAGGUGAUCGGUGUGCUGGAUGUGAAUGCGUUCGAAGGGCGCACCUGUAAUGGUUACAGUGUCCGGGGACUUUACCCUCAGCUCGCCAUUAUGGCACACAGCUGCGUUCCGAACGUUGUGCACUCCAUCCAUCCGAGUGAAGCAUUCAGAUUGGAGGCACGUGUUGCGGUGGAUGUGGCCGAGGGCGAAAAGCUAUACACGACCUACACCUACACGCUUACAGGGACGGUCGCACGGCAGGCGAUUCUGAAGGCGAGCAAGUUCUUCACCUGCAUGUGUCCACGGUGCGUCGAUCCAUCCGAACUGGGAACUCACUUUAGUUCGCUGCUCUGCAACAAAUGUGUCGGUGGCAUCAUAAUUUCCUCUGACCCACUAGAUGAAAAUGCCGAGUGGAAAUGUGGCGAUUGUGGUUUCAAGACGAGUGGUGCUGUAGUACAGAAGGCCAUCCUAACGAUGCACAACGAACUGGAUGAGCUGGCCUGCCUGGAGUAUGACGCUGGCCGAUUGGAGGCUUACGAGCGUCUGUAUAAAAAAUUCCGCAGCGUGCUACAUCCACGGCACUUCAUCAAUACCUCGAUACGGCACAGCUUGAUCGAGCUGUACGGACGGAUUCCCGGGUAUGAGAUGGCGGAACUACCCGAUGUGCUGCUCGAGCGUAAGGUCGAUCUGUGUCGCGAUGUGUUGCGGGUGCUAGAUGUAGUGGAACCUGGCCUGUCUCGCUCGAGGGCAAUGGUACUGUACGAGUUGCACGCCCCGCUCAUUAUGCUAGCCCAGUCAGCCUUCGGACGAGGCGAGGAAAAACGAGAUGGCAAAACGCUCAAGCAACAACUAGAGGAAGCAGCAACAAUACUGGAGGAAUGUGGUUCCAUCUUGGAGUGGGAAGAUCCUACCUCUCCCGAAGGAAUACUCUCAAACGUAGCCAAACAGUCGCUGCUGCAGCUACGCCAGAGUAUAGCUACGCUGGAUUGAGAACGAUA